CGGGCUGGGCGUCCCGGGCGCUGCGAGCAGCAUGAAUGAGGCCGAGGGGCUGCGGCAGCGCCGCCCGCUCCGCCCGCAGGUCGUUACCGAGGACAGCGCGGCCCAGGCCGCCAAGGAUGGCAGUACAUACAGCAGUAAGGUAUUUCGUGUGACCUUCAUGACAUUGGCUGUGACCCUAAUUAUUCCCUUGCUUGGAGCAAUUCUUCUGCUGGAGUGUCCCAUAGAUCCUCAACCUCUAAGCUUCAAAGAACCUCCCCUUCUGACUGGUGUGCUGGAGCCAAAUAUUAAGUUACGACAAGCAGAAAGGUUGUUUGAGAAUCAGAUCAUUGGACCAGAAUCCAUUGUUAAUAUUGGUGAUGUGCUGUUUACUGGGACAGCUGAUGGAAAGAUUUUAAAAAUUGAAGAUGGGGAAAUACAGACACUAGCACAACUUGGCCAUGGUCCUUGCAGAACGAGGGAAGAUGAGCCCGACUGUGGGAGACCUCUUGGCAUCAGAGUGGGGCCAAAUAAUACCCUUUUUGUGGCAGACGCAUAUUAUGGAAUAUAUGAAAUCAAUCCUGUUACAGGUGAAGUGCAAAUGCUUUUGUCAACUAAAACACCGAUUGAAGGUCAGAAAUUGUCCUUUUUGAAUGACCUGACAUUGACUCGGGAUGGGAGGAAGAUCUACUUCACGGACUCGAGCAGUAAAUGGCAAAGGAGGGAUUUUGCUCUCCUGGUUAUGGAAGGAAGAGAUGAUGGACGCUUGUUUGAAUAUGACACUGUGACCAAAGAAGUGAAAGUCUUAAUGGUGGGGCUGAGGUUUCCCAAUGGAGUACAGCUCUCUCCGGCUGAAGACUUUGUGUUGGUGGCAGAGCUGACACUGGCUAGAAUAAGGAGGUAUUACGUGUCUGGGCUUAUGAAAGGUGGAGCAGAUAUGUUUGUAGAAAACAUGCCUGGCUUUCCAGAUAACAUUCGCCGGAGCAGCUCUGGAGGAUACUGGGUGGCCAUGUCAGCUAUCCGACCAAACCCUGGAUUUUCUAUGAUGGAUUUCUUAUCUGAAAAACCCUGGAUUAAAAGCAUUAUAUUUAAGCUGCUAAGUCAAGACACUGUGAUCAAGUUUGUGCCCAGGUAUAGCCUUGUCAUAGAACUGGGAGAAACAGGCUCCUACAAAAGAAGCUUUCAUGAUCCUAAUGGGAUGGUGGUGGCUUAUGUUAGCGAAGCACAUGAACACGAUGGAUACCUCUACUUGGGCUCCUUUCGAUCUCCAUUCAUUUGCAGACUUAACCUUGAGCAUGUUUAACUGCUGGUAUGAAAUAAUAUCCCGAAACAUCCCAAGAGUGUGAAAGGAAAGCUGGAAGCAAAUGGUCAUCCAAGGAAGAGCCGCGGGAGUAGAUCCCUUUACAUAUGCCAUAGCACCAUUAAGUGCAACAGGGAAAUCCCCAGCUGCUAUGCUAUAACAAAAAAAUAUAUGUAUGCAUAUGCAUUGCUAUAAUUGUCUCCUUUCUCUCCGCUUGUCUAUUCUACUCUACUCUGUCUUGAAAGUGGCAUGCAUAAAAUUAACAUCUGUGGGGAGCAGAGGAGUAAGCAGAUAUGAUCAAAUGCUCUUGUUCAGUGGAAACCAUCACUGCUCCCCUUCCAUGUCUUAAGUAGGCAUCCUCUGUCCAGUUGAAUACAAUUUCAUUGUCAUUCAGUUGAAAAUACAACACUGGAAAUAGGUAGUUACCUUAAAUGAAGCAAUGCUGUGGUUGAAGAGGUUGGCUUGCAUGUAAUUUUAUUUCCAGUUUGGAUCCUACCCUAUAGGCAUGGUUCAAAAAAUGUUAUGCAUGUUCUCAUGUCAUGCCAUGCUUCUGUGAUAGCAGCAAUAACCACCAGGGCCUAACUAGAAACCUUGUUUGCCCAGUCAGGGUUUUUCAAUUCCAGCCUAUAUAAUGAACAUAUGAAACUGUACCUGACUGUUAAUUGAUGUACAGUAAUUUUUCUUUGCUAAUGGUCUACUAAUCAGUCUUUCUCUCUCUCUGUAGCAUUGUAAUUUGCCAGUGAUUGAAUGUUACAUUUUAUACAGCAUUAAACAGAAGGCUGGUUCUAGUGGGUUUUA